UUUUAUUUCACAACAGGGAUACAGUGUUCCCUAUAUAACUAGCUUUAGUAUUUAGGUCAAGGUUUCUUUACUUUUCCCAUGUACAUCAUGUCUGUCUGGGCAACAGGGUGGAGGUGUGACCAACUGACUUGUUUUCUGUGAGAAUCCUCUAAGCAUCACAUAGGCUGGUUUAUAAGACAGUGCUGCUGCAGAACUUCUUGGCUACAGGAGUUGUCUUGUAUUUAUGUAUAUACCGUAUUAUAGACAUGACUCCUGGCUGCUUCUGACGUAUCUCCUUCCUCUUAGGUUCCUGCACAAAGAAUCGGACUUCUAGCAAACAUCCCAGAAGCAAGAGCAGUGCUGCCUCUAACUCCAGACAUCUCUGCCUCUGACUAACUCCAGACAUCUCUGCCUCUGACUCUAACCCCAGACACAUCUCUGCCUCUGAUUCCAGACAUCUCUGCCUAAAGCUCCUCUGGACUGUGUAGCAGGGAUAUCCCCUGGGCUCUGCCUCUAGCGCUUAGUGGGAAGAAGUUCGAGAAGUCUGCGCUGAGGUGGGUGGGUGGAAAAGAAAGAAGCGCAGAGCGGGUGUGUGAGUGACCCAGAUCGGCUGAGCACCUGCAGCUAGUGCAGCGUGUGAUUCUGGGAGUGGAACCGGCCCUGUCACUUCUGCACCCUGAGUUCAGGAUCCCUCCUUAUUAUGCCCAAGUUGCUUUAUCAGCCAAGGACACCAUCUACAACUGAGGAGCUGCAAUAAGAAGCUGAAGUGGAAAAAGCGCUUAACUUUUAUCUUUGGUAACAACAGCCUUGGGACCCUUACUUCGCUCCUUGCUGUUUAGCUAUCCCAGUGAGCCAUCAUGUGCUGCCACGACUCCCCCUGCUUAGCUCUGGUGCUGCUGCUGCUGCAAGGUCUCCUGUGCUCUGCAGGUGACUAUCAGGGGCGCAGUCGUUUACCUAAACCUGUAAUCAGCCCACGGAAAGACCAUGUUCAGAUUAACAAAGGAGAAUCUUUCACAUUUACCUGCAGGGGAUCUGGCAAGCUGAAAUGGGAUUUGGCAGAAAUGUCCCAUUUAUCUAACAGCAGGUUCAGCAUAUUGCCACAGUGUCGCAGGCCUGAUGAGGAGCAUCGUUCAUGCAGUCAAUUAACAAUCUCAAAUGCCCACCCUAACGACACAGGUUCCAUAAAUUGUCAUUAUAGGGGAAGUAGCAACCAAAAGCGCAUAGCCAAGAUCUACUUAUAUGUCAAAGAUGAUACCCAGCCUUUCCUUGAAGCGCACAUAGAAAGUCCAGAAGUGAUCACAUAUGCAAACAAAAAAGAGCUAAUAAUACCAUGCCGUGUCACCUCUCCAAACUAUACUGUCAGCCUAAGAGAGUUCUUCUCAAGGAAGGAGGUGAACACUUCAGAAAUGAAGUGGGAUCCACAGAAAGGUUUCAGCAUUUUAAACACAUCUCAUUCUAUUCAUGAAGUACUGGAAUGCCUUACAACGCUGAAUGGAAACAAGUUCUCUUCUUUGUACAUACCACAGAAAGAGAAUUAUAAUGUCAAUAUUACUACUGCGACAGCAAGUGCAACAAGAUUGCUGGUGGGGGAACCACUGACACUUUUCUGUAAAGGAGAAACUGGAUACAACUCGAGGGUACUUUUGGAUUGGGUACAUGGCAAAAAGGUAUUAAAAUCCAUUUCAGCCUUCAGUAAGGAAACACUUCCUUAUGUUGGAAUAAGAACUGUGAAUAUCACACAUGUUUCAAUGCAUGAUCAGGGAGUUUACACCUGCCAAGAUAAAAUAUAUAAACAAAACUUCAAAAAAGUUAACAUUAGAGUUUAUGAAAAAGGAUUCCUGAACAUAAGUACUUCAGAUGGGAAAAAAUAUGAAGUGAAUGGAGUUACUAAAAAAGUUAAGUUGACUGCCGAGGUUGACGCAUUGCCAGAGCCUGUUAUUACUUGGUACAAGAAUGGAGUGCUUAUAGCUGCAAAUCACACCUGUUACAAACCUGAGCCAGAGGAGUACAGUCUGGUUGUAAAGAACCCAAGUGACAAGGAUUCUGGAAAUUAUACCAUGGUUCUCGACAACUCUUGGUAUAGGAAGAGCAUCAGCUUCAUUUUGAAUGUCAAUGUUAAGCCAAAGAUUUACGAAAAGGAGACAGACUUUAACAUACCCAAACCACUGCUCUUGGGAGUACCCCAUAGCUUCCGGUGCACAACUUAUGGAAAUCCCCUUCCCCAAAUUCGCUGGGAGUUUCAGCCAUGUCAUCUUUCAAACACAGUGUGUACAGUAAAUGAUGCCAUUCCAAGGAUUCCUGUGAUACCUGAAAUCUCACGCAAAAACCAGUCUAUUUCAGACACAAGCCCAGUGAUAGAGGAAAGCAUUAUGGGGAAGACAAAAAAUAAACUUGUGAGCACACUGACUACGUCACGGCACAGCAAUCAGUCUGGAAUAUUCUUUUGCAUAGCUUCUAAUGUGAUAGCCAAAGACAAGAGAGCUAUGCACUUCAUCCUUACAGACAGUAAACCUGAAGAAAUGAAAGAGAGGACUCAAGGGACGCUGCAGGGAAGCAAUGCCAAGCUGGUGUGCAAGGCAGAAAGAUAUAUCUACACAGACCUGUCUUGGACCUUCCCAGGUAAAGAGGAGAUUCCAUGCAAAAAAGAGGUGCAUCCUCACAUGACCAAGAACACAUAUCAGCAAUAUACCAUCAGUUGCUUACUGUUGCUGAAGAAUGUGACACAGGAGCUUGCCGGAACUUUCAGAUGUUUGGCUACAAAUAUUUAUACCGGGGAGCAGGAGGAGAAACAAGUCAUCAAUCUUGUGAUUAAAGAGAAGGAGGCUCCACAGGUAAUACAGGAGCUUGAGCCGAUAGUUGUAAACAGCAGUAGCACCCUGUUCCUGGAAUGUAGAGUCAAUGGAACGCCUACACCCACAAUUACCUGGCUGAAGAAUGGCUAUGUGAUUAAACCUGCUUCUGGCAUUACCUUUGAGUACAACAGCACUCUGGUUAUUGAGAGGGUGAAGAAGGAGGAUGAAGGUGUAUAUAAGUGUGAAGCUGUAAAUGAACUGGGGAAAGUCAGUACAUUUGCCUUCAUUACAGUACAAGGUGCAGAGGAAAAAUCAAACAUUGAAGUGAUCAUCCUGGUCUGCACAGGGGUGGCAGCCACAUUGUUCUGGCUGCUUCUUACCUUAUUCAUACGGAAGCUGAAAAAGCCACAUGCCUCCGAAAUGAAGACGGGUUAUCUGUCCAUUGUCAUGGACCCAGAUGAGAUGCCUCUAGAUGACCAGUGUGAAAGGCUGCCUUAUGACAGCAGCAAGUGGGAAUUUCCCCGUGACAGACUCGGUCUUGGUAAAACACUCGGCCAUGGUGCUUACGGUAAGGUGGUGGAAGCGUCUGCUUUUGGCAUUGAUAAAUCCUCAACCUGCAAAACAGUUGCUGUUAAGAUGCUUAAAGAGAGUGCAACAUACAACGAACGUAAGGCAUUAAUGUCAGAGCUGAAGAUCCUUAUCCAUAUUGGCCAUCAUCUCAAUGUUGUUAAUUUAUUGGGUGCAUGUACAAAGCCUGGAGGCCCUUUAAUGGUUAUAGUGGAAUACUGCAAGUAUGGAAAUUUGUCAAAUUACUUAAGAAGCAAACGUGGCGACUUUAUUGCAUAUAAGUAUCAAGAAGCAGAGAAAGCCUUGGAUGGCUCAAUCAGCGAUCUCUCUGAGCUCAUCAAGAGGCGCUUGGAAAGUGUUGCCAGUACUGGAAGUUCAGCUAGCUCUGGAUUUAUUGAAGAUAAAAGCUAUAGUGACUCAGAGGAGGAGGAUGAAGAUCAUGAGGAUGUCAGCAAGAGACUGCUAACCAUGGAAGAUCUCAUAUGCUACAGUUUCCAGGUUGCAAAGGGCAUGGAGUUCCUGGCAUCAAGAAAGUGUAUUCACCGGGACUUGGCAGCCAGGAAUAUCCUUCUGUCUGAAAAUAAUGUGGUGAAGAUCUGUGAUUUUGGUUUGGCCCGUGAUAUAUACAAAGAUCCAGACUAUGUGCGAAAAGGAGAUGCACGGUUACCCCUUAAAUGGAUGGCACCUGAAGCUAUUUUUGAUAAAAUCUAUACAACAAAAAGUGAUGUGUGGUCCUUCGGUGUUCUCUUAUGGGAGAUAUUUUCCCUUGGUGCUUCACCCUAUCCAGGAGUGCAAAUUGAUGAAGAUUUCUGUUGUCAGCUAAAGGAAGGGACUCGCAUGAGAUCCCCAGAAUAUUGCAGUCCUGAAAUUUACCAGACCAUGUUGGAUUGCUGGCAGGGAGAGCCAACAGACCGCCCCACAUUUACCAGUCUGGUGGAACGCCUAGGAGAUCUCCUUCAGGCCAGUGUUCAACAGGAGGGAAAGGACUAUAUUCCACUAAACAUGGCUUUGUGUCCAGAUGGAGAAACCAAGACUGGAAGCAAAGAACCAAGCCAAAGAGAUUCACUCACACAAUGGAGCAUACUAGAAACUGGAAACAACAAGAACCUACCACUGAAUGUGAAGACCUUUGACGAGGUGCCAGUGGGAAAGGACAAAGUUCUCAAUGAGGAGAAUGAAUCUGACAGCGGGAUGAUCCUAUCCACCAUGGAAGUUAAGAGCCUUAAGCGACAAGAAACCCGGUCAUGGCCAUUUGGAAUUAUAGCUCAUGCAAUGAAAGCCAUGAGUAAAAGCAAAGAAUCAAUGUUAGGAGACAAUGACAGAAGCAUCUUUAAAUACCAGCCGCCUUCCCAUAUCGAAGAGGACCCUUUGGAUCUCACACUCGAUCAGCUUGUUGUUAUGCCAAUGGAUAUGAAGCUGGAAUGUCACAGUCCACCUCCAGACUAUGAUUCUGUUGUCCAUUACUCAACCCCACCAGUUUAGGAAAAACAAUUUUAUUGUUCUGCGUUUUCAUUGUGGAAUCAAAUGACUUCCUCCCCCUGUACAACCGCACAUAAAAGAUAAUCAGAUAUUCCUUGACUGGACAAUCCCCGACUGGUCACAUCCAAGAAAUUAUCUGUUCUAAAGAAGAGAACAUUUGCAUGGGACAUAGAGUACCUAUGGAGGUAUUUCUCAGAUGACUGUAUUGGUAAAGGAUAACUGAUAAAAGCACAAUUAGUAA